ACUCAGCUGAAAAUCAUCACUCUCUUCUAUUCUCUCUAGUUCUCUCCUAUACACUAUACUACUACUACCUCUCCCUACUUUUCUUUCUCUGUUUUCACAUCAUAUCUCUCUCUAUCUCUUCUUUACUUCUUCACUUCUUCACACACACAAACACAGAGAGAAAGAGAGAACACAGACAAAGAGAAAAAAGAGAGUGAGAUGGGUUUGAGACUCAGUACUGUUUCCUUCUUUUUAUAAUGAACAAAGGACCACAAAUCCUCUUCUUCACUGAAGAAGAUGGCAAUCCAUCAUCAUCAUCAUCACAAUCAACUCAAUCAAAACGUUUCAUCUCUUCUUCUAGAUACUCUUUACUGUGAUGAAGAAAAAUGGGAAGAAGAACAAGAACAUCAUGAAGAUGAUUUAUCAUCUGAACAAAGUGAUGUUACAACAAACAAUGAUAUCUUUGAUUCUACUUCCCUUUUUCCUCUGCUUUUCUUAGAACAAGAUUUGUUCUGUCAAGAUGAAGAACUUAACACUCUUUUCAUCAAAGAAAAAACUCAUUAUGAAGAUCUGAAUUUUGAUGACUCACUCUCUCAACCACGUCGUGAAGCUGUUGAAUGGAUCCUUAAAGUCAAUGCCCAUUAUGGUUUCUCUUCUCUCACUGCAACACUUGCUGUUACUUACUUUGACAAAUUCAUUUUAACCUUCCAUUUUCAAAAAGAUAAACCAUGGAUGCUUCAGCUUGUUGCUGUUACUUGCAUCUCUUUAGCUGCUAAAGUUGAAGAAACACAAGUUCCUCUUCUCUUAGACCUUCAAGUGCAAGAUACCAAAUAUGUGUUUGAGGCAAAAACUAUUCAAAGAAUGGAACUUUUGAUUCUUUCAACACUGAAAUGGAAGAUGCAUCCUGUAACACCACACUCAUUUCUAGAUCACAUUAUAAGAAGGCUUGGUUUGAAAACUAAUCUUCAUUGGGAGUUUCUUAGGCGUUGUGAGAAUCUUCUUCUAUCACUACUUUUAGAUUCAAGAUUUGUUGGUUGUGUUCCUUCUGUGUUGGCCACUGCUACAAUGCUGCAUGUUAUAGACCAGAUUGAACAGAGUGAUGAUGGUGUGGAGGACUACAAAAAUCAGCUUCUUAAUGUUCUCAAAAUCAGUAAGGAGAAAGUAGAUGAAUGUUAUAAUAUGAUUCUGCAAGUAACAAAUGCAAAUUCUAAUGAUGAUUAUUAUGGUAAUAAACGAAAGUAUGAACAAAUCCCUGGUAGUCCAAGUGGCGUAAUUGAUGCUGUAUUUAGUUCUGAUGGUUCCAACGAUUCAUGGACAGUGGGGUCAUCAACAUAUUCAACAUCAGAACCUGUGUUUAAGAAGACCAAAACUCAAGGACAAAAUGUUAAUUUGUCACCUCUUAACAGGGUUAUUGUCGGAAUUCUUGCCACUGCAACCUCUCCUUAAAACCUUCCCUCUGAAUUUUCUAUGUCCUUAAAAAAAAACCAAAUAACCAUAAAAAAAAUUACCACAAAAAAGAUCUAUAUUUAUCUACUAUGGUUAUGUUCAUGUUGCUACUAAACUGAUCUAGUUAGUUUAGUAGUGUCUUUCUUUGAAUCUCUUCAUUUCCAACAAUGUCCCAAGUUCAUUUACACGAAUCUCUUGAAGAGGAUGAUGAUGAUGAUGAUAGAGGAUGAAAAAAUGGUUGAAUUUGCUGAGGGAAUUGAUUAAAGAGGAGAGGACAAAGUUGGCAAUGAAGAUUAUUAUUACUAUGAGCAAGAAAGCACCUUAUGAUGCUAUGCUAUGAUGAUAUGUUUCAUUUCAAGGCACUUUAUUUUUAUAUUCAAUGGAUCUUUUCUAAGACCAUACCAAAUUUGGACAUAUUUAAAUCAUAUAUUUCUAUAAUAAAUAAUUGGGAAUAAUUUUUGUUCA